AAAAUCCCUUUCAACUCAUCUUCCCUCUGUAUAUCUAAAUUUUGUGCCAAAAGGGAAAAUGCCCAUAACCGUCAGUUGCGGCUAUCCCAAUCCAAAUCUGCCAAUGCAUAACUUAAGGGUUGGACCCAAUUCACUGUCCAGUAUCCGAAACUUGGGAUUUGGUCUGAGUUUGAGUUGGAGUGAUCCUCAACUCUUGUCUAAAAAUGGUCGGAUUUCAAUCCCCACUCAUCACACCACUAAUUGGAAAAGCCGUCACCGUCGAGGUGGCGUACUCAGGGCUGCUGCUACUGAUUACUAUUCCACCUUGAAUGUCAGCCGUAAUGCCACUUUGCAAGAGAUAAAGGCGUCUUACAGGAAGCUAGCUCGUAAAUAUCAUCCAGAUGUGAACAAGAGUCCUGGAGCAGAAGACAAGUUCAAAGAGAUAAGCGCUGCAUAUGAGGUUCUAUCAGAUGAUGAGAAAAGAUCUUUAUAUGAUCACUUUGGUGAGGCAGGUUUACAGCAAGAAUAUGAUGGAUUGGGCAGUUCUCAACGAGGGGUUGAUCCUUUUGAAUUGUAUAAUACAUUCUUUGGCGGUUCAGAUGGGCUCUUUGGAGGAAUGGGUGAUCCAGGAAGCUUUAACUUCAAUUUCAGAAACAUGGAAAAUCCACGUCUUGAUAUUCGGUAUGACCUUCAUUUAAGUUUUGAAGAAUCUAUUUUUGGAGGACAGCAUGAAAUUGAGGUCUUCCGGUUUGAAACAUGUGAUGAUUGCAGUGGAACUGGUGCUAAAUCCAGCAGUUGCCUGAAACCAUGUGGUGAUUGUGGGUGUAGAGGAGUGAUUAUGAAUACUGAGAGGACACCAUUUGGAAUGGUGUCACAGGUAUCUACUUGCUCAAAAUGUCGUGGUAAUGGCAAGAUAAUCACUGAUCGCUGUCGAAGAUGUAGAGGCAAUGGUAAAGUACGAUUGAAGCGCAACUUGGAAAUCGCCGUUCCACCGGGGUGUAGUGAUGGUGCCAGAAUGCGAAUUGCAGGAGAGGGCAGCUUUGAUAAGAAAAGGGGCUUAGCAGGUGACUUAUUCAUAUUCCUCCACAUAGAUGAAAAAGAGGGAAUUUGGAGAGAUGGUCUUAACCUUUACUCUAAGAUUAAUAUUGAUUACACUGAGGCAAUACUGGGGACUGUGUUGAAGGUAGAAACUGUUGAAGGCAUGAAAGAUCUUUGGAUUCCUUCUGGGAUUCAAACUGGAGAGAAAGUAAAAUUGUCACGAAUGGGGGUUCCAGAUAUAAACAAACCUUCUGUUCGGGGUGAUCAUAACUUUAUUGUGAACAUUGUGAUCCCAAAACAUGUCAGUGACAGAGAACGUGCCCUCAUUGAGGAGUUGGCUUCACUCAAGGCAUCCAGCAGAAGUCAUUCUUCUACUGGGACUGGUGACAGUGCUUCAAGAAGAGGGAUUAAGCAUGUGACAUCUUUGUGGAACUCAAUCAAGACCUUCUUGGGGCAAAAGCAGUCUCAAGAAAGGUUUGCAUCAGUUAAUGUGGAUAUGUUAACACCAUUGUGGAGAUGUAACAAGCCAGAUUCCCCAACAACACUCUCACUCUUUGCAGUCUUCAUUUUGACUUGUAUCUUAACCUCGAUUGCUAAGGCCAAGAAUGUUAUUAUAUGGACACGACGAAACACACACCAAAGAACAAUUAAAGAUCAUUGAAAGCAAUUCCCGCUCAGCCAAGGUAAAUGAAUGGUUAAGAAACAAACUGUGGAAAACUGUAGUCUAUUCCUUUCCCUUAACUGUACAGGAGAAAGAGAUGCAGGAGUGGAUGUAUUGUACCAGUUUCAGCCACACAUCCCUCACUGAAACAGUUUUGCUUUGGAACCAGAUUCCUGAAUCAUUGUUUAUGUUCACUUCAUCUGUAACAAGCUCCACACUGAAACGUAGAUCUAGUGUUCUUCUAGAGCUGAAAUUUGUUUAAUGAUUAUCAUACAUGCAAAAAGAAAUAGUAAAAUUUAGU